AUGGAUCUUAACAUCUGCAUUCCUAUCUUCGUUGCAUUCGCUUUCAGUUUUGCUCAUGCGCAGUGUCCCGGUGGUUGGACCAGUUUAGCGGGAGAAUGUUUCCUAUUUGGUACUAAUGGAACAACUUGGACAAACGCUGAGAGUUCGUGUUUAGCACAAGGAGGAAGCCUUCUCAAAGUUAAAAAUCAUAACGUUAAGACGGCCAUCACCAAGGAACUUUCUAAACGACCUGUCUCAUUCUGGUGGACGGGUCUUCACAAGUCCGAUAGACUACAGUGUAAACAUAAUUGGAGAUGGAACAAUGAACAAAACAGUGAUCUCUCACAAGUUACUUGGGAUGCGGAACCCAACAAUUAUAAUGGUGUUGAACAUUGUGUCGAAGUGUUGAAGGCCGGACUGGCCAACGAUGAGAAUUGCGCUUCAAGGCGAGGCUACAUCUGUAAAUACGUUCCGAGUGGCACAGAGGCAUGUCCACAUGAAUGGGUGCGAGGAGGACCUUACUGCUAUUACAUCAGUACGCGGAGUGAUACAACCAAGACAGACUGGAAUACUGCGAGGACUAUUUGCCAACUUACCCCUGGUGCAGACCUGAUGUGGAUUGAUGCUCCAGCCGAAGCUUCAUGGCUGCAAGAUGUUGUAACCAAACUAUGGUCCAUUCGUGGAGCAGGAGGCAGCAGGGGAUGGUGGAUUGGGGCUAAUAAUCUACCGGAUGGCGACAAGAAUCAAUGGAAGUGGAACGAUCAACAGCAAUCUACAAAUGACCCGACUCUUUUUCUGGACUGGGAUGUUAACCCAACAGUUGACCCAAAUGCCGAGGAGCAUUGUGGAAUCAUUGCCCACGGUCUUUUCUAUGAUGGAGAGUGUUACAAUGGGCAAAGGUACAUCUGCCAAGCCACUGGUCCAAAUUGUCCAAAUGGCUGGGAAAGCGCUAUGGGACAGUGCUUCUAUUUCGAACCAACAAAGUGGGUACCUUGGGAUGAAGCGAGGAGGCAAUGCAAACAAUAUAUCGAUAGCGCUGACCUUGUGACUAUCAACUCUCCUCAGAUUCUGGCAUUCGUCAACCAAAAACUCAAAGAGAAGGGCUUGGGCUGGAUGUGGACCGGGUUGAAUGAUAGGGAUCAAAGUGAUAGGUGCAGCCCAUAUCUGUGGACGGAUGGCACCAGUGCCGGAACCGGAACAGUAACAUGGGCAACUGAACCCAACAGCCACGGUGGUCUAGAACACUGCGGAGAAAUCCUAAGAAAUGGUGUGUUCAACGAUGCAGGGUGUAAAUACAAGAAGGCCUACGCCUGUAAGGCCCCUCUAUCAGCAAAGAGAAAGAGACGGCAAACGCAAUGUCCCAAUGGAUGGCAGUUUGCUGCCGGGAGAUGUUUUAAUUUUGUCAAAGAAAGGCUUAAAAUGGCUGACGCUCAAACUCAAUGCAGAGGAAUGGGAGCAGAUCUACUUAAUGUCCCAUCAGCACAAGUUAAGGCUGGAAUUGAAAAUUUACUACAAACAAACAAAGGCGCAUGGUGGACUGGAUUGAAAAUUGAUGAUAACCCAAUUUGCAUCCCAAACUGGAGAUGGCUCGAUGAAUUUGCAUCCGACACUAAAUAUGUAUCAUGGGAAUCCGAGCCGAAUAAUCUAAAAGGCGUCGAACACUGUGGUGAAAUUUGGAAAAAUGGUGUUUUCAACGAUGCCAGGUGCUAUUCCAAAAGAGGAUACAUUUGCAAAUAUGAAAAAACACCAGGUACACCAACAUGUGUCGGAGAUUUUGUAGAAAAUGAAGGCAGUUGUUAUUACUUCAGUACUCGAAACAGGGAGAACAGGAAAACCUGGGAUGAUGCAAGGGCAGAUUGCAAAAGUAGACAAACUGGUGCAGAUUUAGUUUGGAUCACCUCGAGAGAUGAAUAUUUAUAUUUACGCAACGGUGUUACUGCAUUAGCGAUGAUUCUCAGUACAUUAUCCACUGGCUGGUGGACUGGCCUCAAUAAUGGUCCAACAGACAAUGCCAUCAACUGGAAGUGGUUAGACCAAACGAUGCUGGCAGAUACAAGUUAUAUCACUUGGGACUCUGAACCUAACAAUUACAAUGGUAUGGCGCUGUGUUCAUCAAUGAGAGGAUCUGCCACAAGUAUCCGAAGUAGAAAUUGCAACACAAAGAUGGCAUACAUAUGUCAUAUACCAAGUACGACAAAUUGCCCAGCAAACUAUCAGUACGACCCUGCAAGCAAAGGGUGUUACUACAUAGAACCUAGCACCAAAGUGACGUGGUUGGAGGCAAGAGUGCUUUGUCAGGCUCAGGGAGCUGGUGACCUUUUGACAAUAAGAGACGCAGCCACAAAG